UGUGUGAGUGAGGGAGAGUGAGUGCGGGACCUGAGGCGGUGUGUGUGAACUGUGGCCGCUGGAGGGGUCAGCGGGGAGCGGCGGAGCCGCCCGGGAAGGUAAGGAAAUUGAUAUUUGGAGGCAUUAAAUAACUUGACCAAGAUCUCACAGGCUAAGCCAUGACUACAGUAGCGGUACAUGUAGACUCCAAAGCUGAGCUCACUACACUGCUGGAACAGUGGGAAAAAGAACAUGGCAGUGGGCAGGACAUGGUACCUAUCCUUACCAGAAUGUCUGAAUUGAUUGAAAAAGAAACUGAAGAAUAUCGUAAGGGGGAUCCAGAUCCAUUUGAUGAUCGACAUCCUGGUCGAGCUGAUCCAGAAUGUAUGCUGGGCCAUUUGCUGAGAAUACUCUUCAAGAAUGAUGAUUUCAUGAAUGCACUGGUGAAUGCAUAUGUGAUGACAAGCCGAGAGCCCCCUUUAAACACUGCAGCUUGUAGACUCCUCCUGGACAUCAUGCCUGGGCUAGAAACUGCUGUUGUCUUUCAAGAAAAGGAAGGAAUUGUUGAGAAUCUUUUCAAAUGGGCCCGAGAAGCUGAUCAGCCACUGAGGACAUAUUCUACUGGACUGUUAGGAGGUGCUAUGGAAAAUCAAGACAUUGCUGCAAACUAUAGGGAUGAAAAUUCGCAACUGGUAGCAAUAGUGCUUCGAAGACUGAGGGAACUGCAGCUUCAGGAAGUGGCUUUGCGGCAAGAAAGCAAGAGACCCAGCCCACGAAAGCUGUCAUCUGAACCCCUUUUGCCUCUGGAUGAAGAAGCUGUGGAUAUGGACUAUGGUGAUAUGGCUGUAGAUGUAGUAGUGGAUGGUGAACAAGAAGAAGCCUCUGGAGAUAUGGAGAUAUCCUUCCAUCUUGAUUCAGGCCACAAGACCAGUAGCAGAGUGAACUCAGCAAUCAAACCUGAGGAAGGAAGAUUGAGAAAAAAUAAGUCAGCAAGGCAGGGUGACAGGGAGAGCUUUAGGAAAGCUAAGCAGAAGUUGGGUUUCUCGUCAUCUGAACCAGAUCGCAUAUUUGUUGAGCUAUCUAAUAGCAGCUGGUCAGAAAUGUCCCCCUGGGUGAUUGGCACCAAUUAUACCCUUUAUCCUAUGACUCCUGCUAUUGAGCAGCGACUUAUUCUUCAAUAUUUGACCCCUCUAGGAGAAUAUCAGGAGUUACUUCCCAUAUUCAUGCAACUUGGAUCACGGGAGUUGAUGAUGUUCUAUAUUGACUUGAAACAAACAAAUGAUGUCUUGCUUACAUUUGAGGCACUCAAGCAUCUAGCAUCUCUCCUGCUCCAUAAUAAGUUUGCCACAGAAUUUGUUGCUCAUGGUGGAGUACAGAAAUUACUGGAAAUUCCUCGUCCUUCUAUGGCUGCAACUGGAGUAUCCAUGUGCUUGUAUUAUCUUUCCUACAACCAAGAUGCAAUGGAAAGAGUAUGCAUGCAUCCCCACAAUGUUUUGUCUGAUGUGGUGAACUAUACCCUGUGGUUAAUGGAAUGUUCUCAUGCCUCAGGAUGCUGUCAUGCUACCAUGUUUUUUUCAAUCUGCUUCUCGUUCCGGGCUGUGUUGGAGCUCUUUGACCGAUAUGAUGGUCUUCGUCGUCUGGUCAACUUGAUCAGUACUUUGGAGAUUCUAAAUUUGGAAGAUCAGGGUGCACUACUGAGUGAUGAUGAAAUAUUUGCUAGCCGUCAAACUGGGAAACAUACCUGCAUGGCUUUGCGCAAGUACUUUGAAGCUCACCUGGCUAUUAAAUUGGAACAAGUGAAGCAGUCACUUCAGAGGACUGAAGGGGGUAUUCUUGUCCAUCCUCAGCCCCCUUACAAGGCAUGUUCGUAUACUCAUGAACAGAUUGUGGAAAUGAUGGAGUUUUUGAUAGAAUAUGGCCCAGCACAGCUUUAUUGGGAACCAGCUGAAGUCUUCCUCAAACUUUCUUGUGUCCAACUCUUACUGCAACUUAUUUCUAUUGCCUGCAAUUGGAAGACUUAUUAUGCAAGGAAUGACACUGUGCGCUUUGCUUUGGAUGUCCUGGCUAUUCUCACUGUUGUGCCAAAAAUCCAGCUCCAGUUAGCAGAAUCAGUGGACGUUCUGGAUGAGGCUGGCUCCACUGUCUCCACCGUAGGUAUCAGCAUUAUUUUGGGAGUGGCGGAGGGUGAGUUUUUUAUCCAUGAUGCUGAAAUUCAGAAGUCAGCACUUCAAAUUAUCAUCAAUUGUGUAUGUGGUCCAGAUAACCGAAUUUCCAGUAUUGGCAAAUUUAUUUCUGGAACUCCUCGGAGAAAGCUGCCUCAAACUCCAAAAAGUAGUGAGCACACCCUGGCCAAGAUGUGGAAUGUGGUUCAGUCCAACAAUGGCAUCAAGGUGCUUCUGUCCUUAUUGUCCAUCAAGAUGCCCAUUACAGAUGCAGACCAGAUCCGGGCCCUGGCCUGCAAGGCCCUUGUGGGCCUGUCUCGUAGUAGCACUGUCCGGCAGAUCAUCAGCAAACUGCCUCUUUUCAGUAGCUGCCAAAUCCAACAGCUGAUGAAGGAGCCUGUGCUGCAGGACAAGCGCAGUGACCAUGUCAAGUUCUGCAAGUAUGCCGCUGAGCUCAUUGAGCGGGUAUCAGGAAAGCCACUUCUCAUCGGCACUGAUGUGUCCCUGGCAAGGCUGCAGAAAGCAGAUGUUGUUGCCCAGUCAAGGAUCUCCUUCCCUGAAAAAGAACUGCUUCUGCUGAUACGAAACCAUCUUAUUUCUAAAGGGCUGGGGGAGACAGCAACUGUGCUAACUAAGGAGGCUGACUUGCCUAUGACUGCUGCCUCACAUUCUUCUGCCUUCACCCCAGUCACUGCUGCUGCUUCUCCUGUCUCUCUUCCCAGAACUCCUCGCAUCGCCAAUGGCAUUGCAACUCGACUGGGCAGUCAUGCUGCUGUGGGUCCUUCUGCCCCUUCUGCCCCUACUGCCCAUCCUCAGCCUCGGCCUCCCCAGAGUUCACUAGUUUUGCCUGGCCCGUCUUAUGCAGGCAGUUCUCCUUUGAUUGGUAGGAUCAGUUUUAUCAGAGAGAGGCCAUCACCCUGCAAUGGCAGGAAAAUCAGAGUGUUGCGGCAGAAAUCGGACCAUGGCGCUUACAGCCAAAGCCCAGCCAUAAAAAAGCAGUUGGACAGACAUCUUCCUUCCCCACCUACGCUGGACAGUAUCAUAACAGAAUAUCUUAGAGAGCAGCAUGCUCGCUGCAAGAACCCAGUUGCCACCUGUCCUCCUUUCUCUCUCUUUACUCCUCACCAAUGUCCUGAGCCAAAACAGAGGCGGCAAGCGCCAAUAAACUUUACCUCAAGGCUAAACCGCAGGGCAUCAUUUCCAAAGUAUGGAGGGGUGGAUGGCGGAUGCUUUGAUAGGCACCUUAUCUUUAGCAGGUUUCGGCCUAUUUCAGUGUUUCGAGAAGCCAAUGAGGAUGAGAGUGGCUUUACUUGCUGUGCAUUCUCAGCACGGGAGCGAUUCCUGAUGCUUGGCACCUGCACAGGGCAGUUGAAGCUCUACAAUGUGUUUAGUGGACAGGAGGAAGCCAGCUAUAACUGUCACAACUCAGCCAUCACACACCUUGAACCUUCCAGGGAUGGGUCCUUGCUGCUGACCUCUGCUACUUGGAGCCAGCCUCUGUCUGCACUUUGGGGAAUGAAAUCAGUGUUUGAUAUGAAGCAUUCCUUCACAGAAGAUCAUUAUGUUGAGUUCAGUAAGCACUCCCAAGAUCGGGUGAUAGGCACAAAAGGAGACAUUGCCCAUAUUUAUGAUAUUCAGACUGGCAACAAGCUGUUGACUCUGUUUAACCCAGAUCUUGCCAAUAACUACAAGAGGAACUGUGCCACCUUUAAUCCUACAGAUGAUCUUGUCUUAAAUGAUGGCGUCCUCUGGGACGUCCGCUCUUCACAGGCCAUCCACAAGUUUGACAAGUUCAACAUGAACAUCAGUGGUGUUUUCCAUCCAAAUGGACUAGAGGUUAUCAUUAAUACUGAGAUUUGGGAUCUUCGUACUUUUCAUCUUUUACACACAGUUCCUGCUCUAGAUCAGUGUCGUGUGGUAUUCAACCACACGGGGACAGUGAUGUAUGGAGCUAUGUUGCAGGCAGAUGAUGAAGAUGACUUAAUGGAAGAGAGGAUGAAAAGCCCGUUUGGAUCCUCCUUUCGAACAUUUAACGCAACUGACUACAAACCUAUAGCAACCAUCGAUGUGAAACGGAACAUCUUUGACCUGUGUACAGACACCAAAGACUGUUAUCUUGCUGUCAUUGAGAACCAGGGCAGCAUGGAUUCUCUAAACAUGGACACAGUGUGCAGGCUAUAUGAAGUAGGCAGGCAGCGUCUGGCAGAAGACGAGGAUGAAGAAGAGGACCAGGAAGAGGAAGAACAGGAGGAGGAAGAUGAUGAUGAAGAUGAUGAUGACACUGAUGAUCUAGAUGAGCUUGACACGGACCAGUUGCUGGAGGCGGAAUUGGAGGAGGAUGACAACAAUGAGAAUGCAGGGGAGGAUGGGGACAAUGACUUUUCUCCCUCUGACGAGGAGCUAGCAAACCUCCUUGAGGAGGGAGAGGACGGGGAGGAUGAAGACUCUGAUGCAGACGAGGAAGUGGAACUGAUCCUGGGGGACAGUAAGUCUAGGGCUGACCAUGAGGCUGAGCCUUGGCAUCCAGGGAAAGGUCCCUUUGCUGUGCCAGCCCAGCCCAGGGGGCAAACCAUACCAGGGCUCCGUAUCCCAUAACUAUAAAUUCACCACUCUGGCUCCUUGAGGACAAGCAACUUCACUUAUCUUAUUCUCUGCUCUCCCAUCAGACUCUGUAAACCGAAUGGCUGUUACCAUCUUUAAAACAGAGGUUGGCAAACUUUUUCCAUAAAGGUCACACAGUAAAUAACUCACACCUUAUGGGCAGUGUGGUGUCUGUUGCAGCUGUUCAGCUUGGCUAUUAAAGCCAAGAAAACAGCCAGAAAAUAGACUGUAAAUAAAUGAUUGGCUGUGUUCUAAUAAAAGUUUAUUCACAAAAAUGGGUGGCAGGCUUGGUUUGGCCCAUGGACUGUAGUUUCUCAACCUCUGCUUUUGAGUAUUGACCUUAGAAUGGAAGGUUAAAGUGUAGCUCUCUCUGAGGGGCAGCUGCUCUGGGUGCUGUACCUGCUCCUUUCUAAAGUCAUAAAGAAAUAAAGUCCUCUUGUGGAGGAGCCCUUUCCUGCUGUCUGCUUUUCCUAAUCUCUCAAGAACAGAGGGCAAAGGUUUCUUUGGCUACUACUUAUUUCUUUUUUCCUUUCUCAUUCCAAGUUAUCAAGAACAAACGCCAGUUUUCUAGUAAUUUCCAGCAUUAGGAUAGGUGUUUUGAAGUCAAGUUGCCCUGACUUUGCUAAUGAAUCCUGAUAAACUAGUGAAUAGUUCUGAGCUUGUUAGCUCCGCAGCUAUAUUCUGCAUGUUUCGUGGACAUAUUUGACAGUGUCACUGUGAUGGGUGUCACUAUUGACUCAUGCUUGCUGCGGUCCUCGUUCUUUCUAAUGCUUCCCUGCCUGAAUGGGACUAGUAAUCCCUGUGAUAUCCAGCCUUUUUCAUGUAGCUAACCUGACCAGCAUUCUCACAAUCACGGUAGGUAUUAUGUCUAACAUGGUAGCUGCUUAGCACAUGCGGUGAUUAACUUUUAAUUAAAAAUUCAGAUCCAGAUGAUUGUCAUUAAAAAAUUUCAGUCCCUCAUUUUCAUGUCCAUAUUUUAAAUGUCCCUAUUUUAAGUAGUCACAUGUGGCUGCCAUAUUGAAUAGCACAGAUAUGAAACACAGCAUUACAGAAAAUAAUUCUGUGCCAACUCUGACCCAACAAAUGCCACACUUCUUUAUAAUAUACACUUAUUUUUUAUAAUCACUAAUGUUUGGUGUUAGAGUGAGUGAUAGAGUGUGUGUAAGUGGGUGGCAUGUAUAUUUAAACAUAUAAAAGAUUAUCCUAUUCUCCAGUGACCUGAAUCUAUUUUCUUUGGGAUAAAUCUUACAUGUGUUUCUAACCCACAGGGUUGAAGGCCUUUGGCUUGGGGAAGACUUUCUUAUAUAAGUCCACUUGUCAAAGUUCUAUGUUGAGGAAGAUCUCUGGAGGCUGGGAGGAGGGGGGGAAUACCUUGGAUUUGCCCAUCUACUGUUUAUCAGCUUCCAGUUUUCCAUUCUUGGAGGUUGAGGUGAUUCAUCGGAGGAGGACUUAGCUUGUUUCUAGCCAUGAUCAAAAAAGCCAGGUAAGGGGGACUAAGGGACAAGAGACACAUGACAGUAUUGAUGUGAAUAAAAGGACAAGUUUCACUGAAUUUUUUUGUGUCCUCUAUGUGGGGGUGCAAGUUCUAUUCAGUUAGGCAGGCUAGGGAAGGGCAAGCCAUGGUCCAGCAUGGGAGUUUCACUUUGGUUUUUUGUUUGUAUGUAAAGCCACUAGUAUUUGGUCUGUAAAAUUACUGCUUCAUUUAAGCCUUUAAAUGUUUCAUUUAGGAAAUGCCUUUUUUAAGUCCAAGAGGUAACCUGGAAAACUAUGAAUGAGAAUAUUACUUUAACUUGGUGGGUACAUUUAUGAAAAUGUCAUGACAGCUUCAGCUCUAGAACUGAGGUGACAAUGUGGAGGUGGCAUCCGAGGUGUGUGCUCCCUGCUUUCUAUAUUUCUGUAUGUCAGAGACCCACAGCAGCUUGAAACAAGGGAGAGCACUCUGUGCCCUUGGUUUGCUGACAUUUUGUCUCACACUAAUCCUUUUUUUUUUUUUUUAAGAGGGUUACCUUUUAAACUCUUGGGGCUUAAUGGAGCCCUUUUAAUAUGAUGAAAGUCAUUGAGACUGUAGAAAACCACACCCCGUGUGCCUCCACAUAACUUUGUCCAGGCCUGGGAUCCCACAGAGACUCAGGACCGAUUCCACAUACAGAACUCCAGCUCUAGAAGAGAACCAUCUUGACUCUUGUGGUAUUUGUUUCAUUUCUGUUUACACAUAAAACCUGUAUGUUGUAGACAAGCAGGCUGAAUAGACAUUGCUGGGAUUGAUUGUUUAAAUUCAGAUCACCUUUGUUAAAGACUUUUUCGGAAGGGGCAGUCCUGACCAGGAUUUAGAUUGGGUCUUUUCACCAUUUGGAGAGAGAGAAAAAGCCGAGGAAGGCAGAGAAUGGAGUACCGCCACCUGAGUGCCCAAAUAAGCUUGUGCUGAUGCUCACUCUAGCUGCAUUUACAGGCCCCAGCUGUCUGCAGGCUCUUAGGUCUUAGCAGCUGUACACUGGCAUUAGCUUCUUGGGCAAAUGAGGAUAAAGGAAUUGUUUGAAAGCCUGGUCCUCUGUUUGGCUCUGGGUAGGACCCUACCCUUUCCUGCUGGAACUGCCUUUUUGACUUCUUGCAAGAAAGCUGAUGAAGCUUAGUUUGAUUCAGUUGUGUUGAGUAUUCUUUGAUUGCUCCAUUCUGUGUUCUCCAUUCCUAAGUUGAAAGGCCAUGUUUGUGCUCUUUAGACCCAGGAACAAUUUUUUCCACCUAUCUCUUUUGAUUUCAGGACUUUGUUGUAUGUAUCAUAGCCAUGUUUACCCUGGUUUCCUUCCUAAAGGAGCAUAGUGACUUAAGGGGAAGAACCUGAGAACAUGCAUCGUUCUUCCGCAGCUUUCCAGAGUUGGUAUCCAGUAGCUGGGGAAAGCAGAUACAGGGUUUCUUUGGACUCACUGGCCAUCUGUCUCUACAUGGGAACCCCAUAGCCUAUAAGCAUUUGUGGGGCUCUAGCUGAGGUCACGUUUUACUUCUGGGGGCCUUGUUCAAAUUGCUGCGUUGUAAUCACAAUGGUCAUGAAGACCUUUCCCUUCUCUCCAAUACUAGUGUCCUCUGAGUGAGGUACUGUAUUUCUGAUUGUGACUGGCCAGAGCCUCAUCUCAAGGAUUCUUUCUACCACCACUUGGUUUUACUCCUUAAUGGAUCCUUUCAGCGGUGUUAGUGUGGUCUGUUCACUGAUUGAGAAGGCAGAUGGUCAAGCACAGACCAUCUUGUGUGCCAGAGAUGGCCCCAUCUUCCAGGACACCCUGGCUGCUACCUGCCUCUAGCCCAGAAUUCCUAGGCACUCCUAUGGUAUUGCUGUAGGCUGGCCUGUACAUUUUUGGGCAUUUGUUCCCCUGUAGCUUACAUUCAGAAAUCGCAUAGGAAUAGGUAUAAAUCCUGUGUUAACUGCAUCUGCUUAUGAGAGUGAACAGUUUUAAUAAAAAACUUAACUGCUGGGUACUCCCUGCCUUUUUAGGGGUCUGUGAGGUCAGGCAGGCCUGUGCUUACCCCUGAAAGAUGCCAGAGGCCAAAUAGCCACAGGGGUUCAUUCAUGGCCCCCUUUACCUGUCAUUGAUGACAGUGCAUGGGUGAGGACUACAAAAGGGGCUUGAUGAGUCCUUUUAGGGCCCCCCAGGCUGGAAGAAUCUCUUGGAAGCAGAGGGUACCAUGCCAGGCCCUUUGAAAGGUAAGAGAGCAAGAGAUCCCAAGGGUGACCUCUUUGGUAACAACAAGUAUUCUUCAGAGCCAGCUCCAAGGAGUGAGUUAAUGAGUUUCCUUUCUGAAAGCUGGCAAUUAACCUUGUUCAGUAGAAGUGUAUGUGUGUGCAGGUACUUCCUUCCUGAAAGUUCCUAAACUUAGUGCAUAAUCUAGUUUCUCCCUUUUCUUACCUUUCAGCUGACAGCUCUGACAACUCUGAUUUGGAAGAUGACAUUAUCUUAUCUCUGAAUGAGUGAGGAGCCAUCACCAUGUGGAAGAGAUUCUUGGCAGGCGAGAAACUGAGUCAAAAGAAUUCAGACCACCUUCCCUUCCCUUUUCCCCAGGGCUGUCUGUCUUUUUAAGGAACUGCAUGCCCUGCAUUCAGAGGAUUAUGGCUUAUAGUCUCAUUGGAAUCUGAGGGUCCUUCCAAAACCAAUAACAAACACAAAAAAGACUACAGGGUUCAGGCCCUAUUCUGCUCCCCCAUUCUAAGAUGGACAUAUCUUUCCUCAAGGGAAAAAGUCUCUGGGGGUUAUUUCACAAUAUAUUUUCUUUGUAUAAUGUUCUUUACUUAAAGAACAAGAAAUAGUUUUUUAUAAAACUCAAAAAGAAAAAAAAAAGGCAUUUAUAAUUGAGGGUAUGAACUUAUAUCCACCAGGUCUCUCAUCCCUGCACUUCAUUUUCUGUGAAAGAAAAUGAUGUCUAAAGAACAAUGUAGAGGCAUUUUUACACACAUAUUUAAAUGAAAAGGAAAAUCGUGGUUUCUUAAAUUGAUAAGGAUUAAGAAUAUUUUAUUAUAAAUAUAAUAUAUGAUUUUUUAACCUGUUUUGUUGCCUCAUAAGCUGUCAGGUUAAUUUGUUUGCCUUUGUGCCAGAGGGGGGAAGGCCCUGCUUGUUUGCUGAGUCAGUGCCUACAUUCACCCACCUUCGUGGUUUGGGGGCUGAGCAAGGUCUUUGGAUAUUGGCUUUCUGGAGUUGAGGGAACUUAGGAUGUAAGUUCACACCCUCUAUUUUUCUUUGUGAUUUAGUUUUUCAAAGAUCUUUUUUUCUUCCCUUUCUCCCCAAUAUGGAAAUUACAAAUCAAAGGCCUUUUUCUUUAAUGUAAAGUGUAUUUAUUUAAAAAAAAUACAAAAUAAACUACAAGUCUGUC